CUCGGCCCCGGCCAGAGCCCCGGCCCCGGCCCCGGGGCCGGCCCCGCGGGACCCUGUGAGCCCGUGAGACUCCCCCGACCCCCGCCCGAGCAGCGCCGCGCGUAGCCGAGCCCAGCGGACCGAGAGACCGAUGGCUGAGCCGCGCACCGCGUCCCCGCGCCGCCCGCCCGCGCUGCGCCGGCCCCGGCUUCUGCCGCCUUUGCUGCCGCCGCUGCUGCCGCCGCUGCUGCUGCUACUGUUGCCGCUACCUGUGCCAAGCCUGGGUCUGGGCCAUUCUGCUGAGCUGGCAUUUUCCGUGGAGCCAAAUGAUGAUAUUGCAAACCUUGGACAGCCCAUCAUGCUGGGCUGCAAAGUAGAGGGCAGCCCUCCAGUGCAAGUCUCCUGGAGGAAGAAUGGAGCGGAGCUGCCUGAGGACACCCACACCACCCUACUGGCCAAUGGCUCCUUGCUGAUCCACCACCUCAGGCUGGAGCAGGGAGAGAGCCCGUCAGAUGAGGGCGACUAUGAAUGUGUGGCUCAGAACCGCUUUGGGCUGCUGGUCAGUCGGAAGGCUCGUAUCCAGGUUGCAACUAUGUCCGACUUCCACGUGCACCCCCAGGCGGUCAUGGGUGAGGAGGGUGGUGUGGCCCGCUUCCAGUGCCAAAUCCACGGGCUUCCCAAGCCUCUGAUCACAUGGGAGAAGAACAGAGUCCCCAUUGACACGGAUGAUGAGAGGUACACAUUACUGCCCAAGGGGGUCCUGCAAAUAACAGGACUUCGGGCUGAGGAUAGCGGUGUCUUCCAUUGUGUGGCCUCCAACAUGGCUAGUGUGCGGGUCAGCCACGGGGCCAGGCUCACCGUGUCAGGUUCGGGCUCUGGGACCUACAAGGAGCCCACCAUCCUUGUGGGGCCUGAGAACCUCACCCUGACAGUGCACCAGACUGCAGUGCUGGAGUGUGUCGCCACGGGCAACCCGCGCCCCAUUGUGUCCUGGAGCCGCCUGGAUGGCCGCCCUAUUGGGGUGGAAGGCAUCCAGGUGCUGGGCACGGGGAACCUCAUCAUCUCAGAUGUGACUGUCCAGCAUUCAGGUGUCUAUGUCUGUGCAGCCAACAGGCCUGGCACCCGCGUGAGGAGGACAGCCCAGGGUCGGCUGGUGGUACAAGCCCCAGCAGAGUUUGUCCAGCAUCCUCAGUCCAUCUCCAGGCCAGCUGGGACCACAGCCAUGUUCACCUGCCAAGCCCAGGGUGAACCACCGCCUCAUGUCACGUGGUUGAAGAAUGGACAAGUGCUGGGGGCAGGAGGCCACGUCAGGCUCAAGAACAAUAACAGCACAUUGAGCAUUUCUGGAGUCGGUCCUGAAGACGAAGCCAUCUACCAGUGUGUGGCUGAGAACAUUGCUGGCUCCUCACAAGCCAGCGCCAGGCUGACCGUGCUGUGGGCCGAGGGGUUGCCAGGCCCCCCACGCAAUGUCCGUGCUGUCUCUGUGUCCUCCACUGAGGUUCGAGUGUCCUGGAGUGAGCCUCUGACCCACACCAAGGAGAUCAUUGGCUAUGUCUUGCACAUCAGGAAGGCUGCUGACUCACCCAAGCUGGAGUACCAGGAAGCUGUCAGCAAGAGCACCUUUCAGCACCUGGUGAGAGACCUUGAGCCCUCCACAGCCUACAGCUUCUACAUCAAAGCCUACACACCACGGGGGGCCAGUUUAGCCUCCGUCCCCACCCUGGCCAGCACCCUGGGUGAAGCCCCUGUCCCACCCCCGUUAUCUGUGCGGUUGCUGGGCAGCUCCUCUCUACAACUGCUGUGGAAGCCCUGGCCACGGCUGGCCCAACACAAUGGGGGCUUCAAGCUGUUUUACCGCCCAGCCAGCGCAGCCUCCUUCACCGGCCCCAUCUUGCUCCCUGGGACUGUCUCCUCUUACAACCUCAGCCAGCUCGACCCCAGCACCGUGUACGAGGUGAAGCUCCUCGCCUACAAUCAGAAUGGAGACGGGAACGCCACGGUCCGAUUUGUGUCUUUGAAGGGAGCCUCUGAGAGGACAGCGUUGACUCCCCCAUGUGACUGCCGGAAGGAAGAGGUCACCAACCACACAUCUACUACAGGCAUUGUCAUUGGCAUCCACAUCGGAGUCACUUGCAUCAUCUUCUGUGUCCUCUUUCUUCUGUUUGGCCAAAGGGGCAGGGUCCUCCUAUGUAAGGAUGUGGAAAACCAGCUCUCCCCUCCCCAGGGUCCCCGGAGCCAGAGGGACCCUGGUAUCCUGACCCUGAAUGGAGUGAACCGAGGAGAAGGGGGCCAGCUAGGCCGAGAUGAAAAGCAUGUGGAUGCCAAGGAGUUGGAGCAGCUGUUCCCCACAACUGCGUCAGCCGGGCAGCCAGGCUCCAGGUCCACGGACCCCACAGCCCCUACUCCAUAUGAGGAGACCCAGCUCUCCAUGGUGCAGCUUCAAGACUUCAACCUUGCGGCAGGGAGGACAACAGAGACUAUGUCUUCCUGUGCAGGGCCUGGACCUGUCCCAGCAUCCCAGGAUGUAGGCCUUGGUCUCCUCAGUGACAGACAGACGGCCCAGCCUCUAGCAGUCCCAGCUCCCCAGUGAGCUUACUGGAGACAAUAGCCAGCGCUGGUGUGUUCCCGAGGGGUGGUACCCCAUUCUCAGGUCAAAGGCGAGGUUUUUCCUCUUCUGUGGGAUUUGGAUGUCCUAGGAGCUCGCCAAUGAAGGACUGGGUUCUCAAACCACAGGACCCAGUGGGUCCUACAGCAAGGCAUCUCCCUCCUCGAACUAAUGUCGCCCCCUCACCAACGCCUGCUGCCCACAGGACUCAGGAAACAAACCUUUUCCUUUAAAAAAAAAAUCAAAAUUUAAAAGUCAAAAAAGAAAGAGAAAGGAGAGAGAGAGAGAGAGAGAGAGAGAGAGAGAGAGAGAGAGAGAGAAAGAGAGAGAGAGAGGGAGGAAGUGAAUUAUACUCCAGAGCCAUGUCCCUGCUGUGGCUCGGCCCCUGAUGUGUCACCCUGCUCUGACCUUGUUUUCUCAGGAUGGAUUUUUAGCUGUUGUGACUCAGCACCUACCUCAGCCGGAAUGAAUGUCCUUGGGGGUAGCGGGGCAGUAGCCUCAGCCUCUACCCCACAGAGCCCGAAAGCACUCCUACCUCAAGCCCCGUAAUGGGGACCCCUCCCACCUAUAUUGUUGCCCAGAGUAAAAGAAAAAGGAGAAAAAAAAAGAAAAAAAGAAAGGGAAAAAAAAAAACCUAACCCCCAAAAGAACCACUGUCCCAACUCCAAGUGUGAAAGAAACUGUCUACCUCAAGGCUCACGGCCCUCAGUGUGGGCCUAUGCUGUCACUGGACCCUCCUUGGCCUCCUCCUUCCCUGGCCUGGCCUGGCCUACCUCUCCCCCGCCAGAGGAGGCUGUAGCUAGGUGACCAUGGGGCUUACCGAAAUGGAGAUGAAACUGGUCAGAGAGAAAAUGUGAAACAAGCCAAAAACAAGAGCAAAGCUGUUCCAUGAAGUAUAAAUUGUCCCAAACUUGUCCCAUCCCUGCACACCACCUGCACUCCAUCUCCUGUGUCUGUCCGUCCACCCUUGUUCCGACCUUCUAACAACCCACUGUUCACCUGGAGCCCUGUAGUCCUCCCUGCCUGGGCUUAGGGAAGGCGGGACAUAACCCGGAGAUCCAUCUCUCGGUCUGACCAGACACAGGGCAGUCCCUGGAAUGUACUGCAUGGUGUGGAAGUGGGUGUUCUCUCAUAUAGGCGCCCCAGCUUUCUGGGACCCAGGUAACCUGACCUACCCAGUCAGCAGGGGUGGCCAGGAAUUAUUUUUGUAUGAGGUGUGUUUACGUUUUAUUUCUCUUUUCUGUUGUAUUGUUCUUUGAACUACUUAGGUUAAAAAAGUUAGAAACAGAAAGAAAGGAAAAAAAACACAAAGACCUAUUUUUGGUUAUACUCAGAAACAUUUUUUUAAAUAGCAGAAAGAAAACUUUUUUUAAAGAAAAAAAAAAGGUUGUGUAUUCUUUAAAAAAAUGAGGUUAGAACAUAAAGACCCUGACCCCAAAUCCUCUAGGGACUCCCACCCCAAACUCUAGAGAAUUAGCUAAAACAGUAGAAUGUGUGGCGUUUUGUUAGAAACCUAGACUCUUGUCCAAGUGGACUUGGGAAGGGCAGUCCCUUCUCCCAAAUGGUAGGUGGACUCUAGGGCUCUUCCCACCUGAGCCAGUGUCAUCUGUCCCUGAGUUGCUUCUCUGUGGCGUCCCAUUUUCCUUUGGUCAGAGAGGCUACGGGAGACGGAUCUGGCAGCCUCUUCGGCCCAAUUGGGUUUGUCACAGUCUAUUCAUUUUAACUGAAUAAAAGUACUGUUGCCAAAGUGAA